UACUACUUCAAUGCUGCUGGAACUGCUUGGGACCCAGUUAAGUUCACAUGCGAAAAGUUUGAAUGCAAGAGAAUAGAAAGCAGACUUGCAGUCUAUAUGUUGGACCCAGAUAUUUCAAAUGCUUUAGCUGCCAAAUAUAUUGCAGUUCCACUUAUGUUCCCUAUACACCAAAUAUCUGUCAAAGACUUUGCAGGUGAAGUUGGAAACCAAAGUGCUGACCCAGGUGCAAGAACAGAUAUUGCUUUAACAACUGCAAUGAAACAUGCAGAUACUAUGUUUGUACUGUUCAGACGAACUAUAAAUGACUAUUCUUGUUUCUACAACCCCGGUAUUAAAUAUCAUAUAAACAUAGAUGGCAAAUAUUAUCCAAGAGAAGAAUAUUCUACAGUUGAGGAUAUGAGGUCAUACAACUUGACAUUAGAUGCUAUGAACUUUAACAACAACUUCACAACAACCAUUAACCCUGAAAUGCAAAGUUCUAUUAUGCCAUAUGUGAAAGUAUGGACUCAUACAGGAGGUCAAAAAACUCAAUAUACAAAUGGAGACCGUUCAAACUUUUGGCUUGGCAUUCCAUUUGCUGACUCAGAAGACUUUAUGGGUGGUAUUUCAACUGUUGGUACAGUUCAAAUACAAUAUACUGGUGACAGAGACGGUCCAGAUGAAUUGAAAGCAAAGAAGUUUACAAAACCAAUAGCACUUUUCACGGAAGAUGCUCUUUUGAAAAUUCGUUCGAUGAAACCUGCUGGGGCUCCUCAGAUUGGUAUAACGACAGCUUCCAUCGAGCAGAUUUUGGCAGCAGGUCAGUAA